UCAUCCAACCGCAACUCAAAAUCGGAGCCGCCGCCGCUCUUCGAUUCGUUUUCGGAGAUCGGAAUUUCUUCAACCCUGGCUGCGCGGUUUCCUGUAUCCCGCCGUUUUACCGUUCCUCCAUUUUCUCGACAACAGUUCAAGAGCUAGGGUUUUUCGCCAGGUUUGAGCAUUUGGCAACGAUGUAUCUUCAGUUUUACACAAACGACAAUGGCGACAAAGUCUAAACUACUGAGGUUUUGGUUAUUGGCUGCACAAUGCAAUGUGUUGGUUGAAGCUCCGUAUUUGAUUCAAUGGAGGAAGAGGAGGAUCAAAUUUUGCUGAACAGCUUGGGUGUGACGUCUGAAAAUCCGGAGGAUAUAGAGAGGAACUUGUUGGAGGAGGCCAAUAAGAAUAGCGAGAAUGGGGCUGAAGUUGGAGGSAUUGCAGAAGAGAAYGCCUGUGAUAAGUUAGAUAGCRUYGAUUCAUCUUCUGCCAGUCAYGUGCAGCUCUAUCAUAAGCUGAGGGCYGUAGAAUAUGAGAUAGAUGCUGUUGCAUCAACAGUGGAACCAGUGAAGAAAUUUGAAAGAAAUGAAAAACAUACUKACGUYRGCACUGWYUCUCMGGAGCAUGGGCUUGAGGAGGAMKAUGUUUCAGCUUCUACWRAWCAACUUCAGCGUGCCCUAGCARUUGAYAGGCUAAGAAGCCUGRAGAAAACCCRACAGCAGUUGAAGAWAGAUUUUUCCCAUUYGUGYARAGKCAAGGAYGCUAAGACAAUAUUGGAGAUAGUAAAAGACAAACCAAAACUUAAAAGAAAGUCUAAAGAGGUUAAGAAAUCAGGAAACAGCGUAGAAAAGAGGUUGAAAGUUGUGUCAUUUGAUGAGGAUAACGAUUUUGAUGCAGCUUUGGAUGCAGCCACCGUGGGCUUUGUUGAAACAGAAAGAGAUGAAUUGGUACGGAAGGGAAUUUUAACACCAUUUCACAAGCUGAAGGGCUUUGAACGCUGUCUUCAGAACCCAGGUCAAUCAAGGCUUGAAGUAAAGGAGGAAGAAGAGGAAAAUGAUGACUUUGCUUCUGUCAGUGUUGAUAGAGCUCUUCGGUCCAUGUCAGAGGCCGCACAAGCUCGCCCAACUACUAAACUGCUUGAUCCAGAAGCUUUACCGAAGCUCGAUCCACCAACUCAUCCUUUCUACAGGUUAAAAAAACCUGCAAAGCUUCCUUUAUCUGCAGAAGACAAAGUCACAAAGAAAAUAAAAUGGAAAAAGACUAGACGGCCUCUGCCAGACAAAAAAUACAGAAGGCGAAUUGCUAUGGAGGAAAGAGAUGUGGAAGUAGCUGAGAAUAUGUCAGAUGGUUUGUCUACAUCAAGUUUUGAAAGAGAAGAUUCAGGAGAUUUAGAAGAUGAAGUUCCCGAACCUUCUUUUGUGACGCUUGAAGGUGGGCUGAAAAUUCCUCACAGCAUAUUUGAUCAGCUCUUUGAUUACCAAAAAGUUGGGGUGCAGUGGUUAUGGGAAUUGCACUGCCAAAGGGCAGGUGGAAUUAUCGGAGAUGAGAUGGGCCUUGGGAAGACAGUCCAGGUUUUGGCUUUUUUAGGUGCAUUACAUUUCAGUAGUAUUUAUAAACCAAGCAUCAUUGUCUGCCCUGUUACACUAGUUAGGCAGUGGAAGAGGGAGGCAAGGAAAUGGUACCCAGGCUUUCUGGUGGAAAUCCUACAUGAUUCUGCUCAUGAUUCUACUUUUAGGAAAAUGCAUGAAAACUCUCAUGGAAGUGAUGAAAGUGAAGAUUCUGAGGACACCGAUUAUAGGAGAAACUUGCAACCCAAAGGCACAAAAAAAUGGGAUUCCUUGAUCGACCGUGUUUUGAGCUCAGAAUCCGGUAUGCUUAUUACCACUUACGAACAACUACGACUGGUAGGGGAGAAGUUGCUUGACAUUGAAUGGGGUUAUGCAAUCYUGGACGAAGGACAUCGUAUUCGGAAUCCAAAUGCUGAAGUAACUUUAGUUUGCAAGCAGCUACAAACAGUACACCGCAUAAUAAUGACUGGUUCUCCAAUUCAGAACAAAUUGACCGAGCUGUGGUCUUUGUUUGAUUUUGUUUUCCCUGGGAAGUUGGGGGUAUUGCCCGUAUUUGAGGCAGAGUUUGCAGUUCCUAUAUCUGUUGGUGGCUAUGCUAAUGCUUCCCCGUUGCAAGUAUCAACUGCAUAUAGGUUCUUCGUGACUUAAUCAUGCCUUAUCUGCUUAGGAGGAUGAAAGCUGAUGUGAAUGCUCAUUUACCAAAGAAGACCGAACACGUUCUCUUCUGCAGCCUUACUUCUGAGCAACGUUCUGUUUACAGAGCGUUCCUUGCGAGCUCUGAAGUGGAACAGAUUUUGGAUGGGAAUAGAAAUUCUCUUUCUGGAAUUGAUGUAAUGCGGAAAAUUUGCAACCACCCAGAUCUGCUUGAGAGGGAUCACUCUUUCCAAAAUCCUGACUAUGGGAAUCCUGAACGCAGUGGAAAAAUGAAAGUGGUUGAGCAAGUGCUGAAGGUAUGGAAAGAGCAAGAUCACCGUGUUCUUCUUUUUGCGCAAACUCAACAGAUGCUUGACAUUUUAGAGAAAUUUCUGAUUGGAGGUGGUUAUACUUAUAGGAGGAUGGAUGGUGGUACUCCUGUCAAACACAGAAUGGCUUUGAUUGAUGAAUUUAAUAAUUCCAAUGAGGUGUUUAUUUUUAUUUUAACAACCAAGGUUGGUGGUCUGGGAACAAACUUAACUGGAGCAGAUAGGGUGAUAAUCUUUGACCCUGAUUGGAAUCCGUCAACCGACAUGCAGGCCAGGGAACGUGCUUGGCGUAUUGGUCAACAGCGGGAUGUAACUGUGUACAGAUUGAUCACUCGUGGAACUAUAGAGGAGAAGGUGUACCAUCGACAGAUAUAUAAACAUUUUCUCACGAAUAAGAUAUUAAAGAACCCUCAGCAGAAAAGGUUCUUUAAAGCUAGAGACAUGAAGGAUCUCUUUACACUGUAUGAGGAUGGGGAGGGCAGAUCAACAGAAACGUCAAACAUUUUUAGUCAGUUGACUGAUAGUGUAAAUGUUGUUGGUGUUCAGAAAAAUGAGAAGGAUGAACAAAAAUCUGGUAGCAGCUCAGUAUCAUAUGCGGAUUCUGCUGAUGACAGACCAUCCAAAUCAGAGGUUCAAACUUCUGGGAGGAAUGGUUCUGUAGAGACUGGUCAGGGUGGUGGAACAGACGAAGACACGAAUAUCUUGAAGAGCCUUUUUGAUGCGCACGGCCUACAUAGCGCUGUCAAUCAUGAUGUCAUCGUGAAUGCCGAUGAGGGGGAGAAGAUACGGCUCGAGGAGCAAGCUUCUCAAGUUGCACGUAGAGCAGCCGAGGCAUUGCGCCAGUCUAGAAUGCUGCGAAGUAAUGAGAGUAUCUCCAUUCCAACAUGGACCGGGAAAGCUGGAACUGCUGGUGCACCAUCAUCCAUGCGUCGUAAGUUUGGUUCAACUACGAAACCACAGGUAACCAGUAAUUUUAAAUCCUCAGAUGAAGUAUCUAGAAAUGGAGCUAGUCAUUUAAAUGGGUAUGCAGCUGGAGCAUCUUCUGGAAAGGCCUUAUCUUCAGCAGAGCUGCUGGCUAAAAUCCGAGGAAACCAAGAAAGAGCAAUCAGUGCUGGGCUUGAACAUCAAGUUCAACCAUCUACUUCAAGUGCUCGAAACAAUGUAAGCGGUGCUGGUGUCGGGUCUUCUCGGUCAUCUAAGAACUUAUCUGGAUCACAACCCGAAGUAUUGAUUCGUCAGAUAUGUACUUUUAUUAAGCAAAGAGGCGGAGCCACUGAUUCAGCCACAAUUGUACAGCAUUUUAAGGACAGGAUACCCUCAAAUGAUUUGCCCUUGUUCAAGAAUCUACUGAAAGAGAUAGCAAUAUUAGAGAAAAGCCCCCGUGGUUCAUUCUGGGUUCUGAAGCCAGAGUAUGAACAGUAAUCGAAGCAGUUAGUUUAUUACUUCCAUGGCAGCAAUUACUCAGGUCUUUCCCAUGACGAUUGCUUUUCCAUGAGCAGCCAAAUGUCGAGGUCUAGAAUUCGAAGUGAAAAUUUUGAUUUGCUUGUUCUUAAUCGUCGUGGGAAAGAAAGGUAGAAAUAAGAAAUAUAUUAUUCUCUUUGAGCUUGUCUAGUACUACCAGUACAAAAAAUGCAUCCCGUUUGCCCGGCAGCCUUGAGUAGAUCCGAAGACUGUUUCAGAGUCUUCCUUCAUCAUCUUUUUAGUUUUUUUGUUAUCAUUUUGGGCAUAGCAUAUAUAUAUUUUUAAAGAUUCUAACCAGUUUGUGGCUUCACUGGGCAAUGAUACCAUGUGCAUAGCUAACACAGUGGAGGGGUUGUCAAGGAUUCAAUUUGUAGAGUCUUCAACCAUCCAUUUUGCUUGUUGUUUGGAACAAAUUUGCAUACUAGUAAAGGAAACUCCGUCUCUAAACACCCACCUUAAAGCUUAGCAAAAUUUUGGUGAUUGAUUCGAGAGAGUAAUAACUUCAUUGAUCAAUUGCUCAA